CAAUAUACGUGGCAUGCUUUGGUCACCUGACCACCGCCCACAGUGACGUCAUUUCCAGCUGAGCAUGUAACCCGGAAGCAGCCUGAUCACAUCUCAACAUGCUAACAGAAGAUAACAAUGAUGAAGACGUGUCUCUGUUUGACGCGGAGGAGGAUACAGGGAAAAGGUCAAAGAAGACGAACAUUAAGCAUCCACUGGCCUCCUUCUUCCACCUCUUCUUCCGAGUCAGCGCCGUCAUCGUGUACCUGCUCUGUGGGAUUUUCAGCAGCAGUUUCAUCGGCUGCAUGGUCACAAUAAUCCUUCUGCUCUCAUGUGACUUCUGGACAGUAAAGAACAUCACUGGGAGGUUGAUGGUUGGUCUGAGGUGGUGGAACCAGGUGGAUGAUGACGGGCGCAGCCACUGGGUGUUUGAGUCUAGGAAGGGCACUGGGAAGCAACAAGGGUCCGAUUCAGAGUCCAGAAUCUUCUGGAUCGGACUGAUUGUUUGUCCGGUCCUCUGGGUCUUCUUUGCUUUCAGCACCCUCUUUUCCUUCAAGAUUAAAUGGGUGCCUGUGGUGAUCAUGGGUGUGGUGCUACAAGGGGCCAACCUCUACGGUUACGUGCGGUGUAAAGUGGGAGGCAAGACCAGCUUGAAGAAUAUGGCUACUAAUUACUUUGGACGACAGUUCCUCAAACAGGCGAUGUCUAAAGAAGAGGAAUCAUAGAGUGCAGCUCUGCGAUUUUAACACGUUUGCAUUAUUCUUAAUGCUAUUAUAUAUAUAUAUUCUUUUAGCAAGUGGAUUCAUAGCAAGACAUCUUUUUGCAACAUGAACUGAAAAUAACCAUUUUUCAUUUUUCCCCUUUCUUUUAAUGUACUGUGCGAUUUAAUCAGUCCCAAUAGAGUUUCCUUUUGUUUUCCACCGAGAGUUGUUGUUGCAGUUUCCAAUAACUGAAGCCCAGCAAUAAACCCUCACAGACUUUAACUUAAAUAUAAAUGCAUGAGUGGAAAAAGGGUGUAACUGCUUGGAAUGUUAAACUGACUGUAGUUUGAUGUGUUAUGUAGCCUCACAGCUCCCUGAGGUGUCUUUAGUUUGUCUUAUUUAGUUUGUUUUCAUUGCCUCUUUGACUUUAAUCUUUAUAAAAAAAAUAAAAAAAAGGUUGUUUCCGAGAGGUAUUAUACAAACACUUUUGUUUGUAUAAUAGACAAGGUUGUAAAGUAACAGUGUAAAGUAUUCCAGGAGUUUGUAAAUAUGUAUGUAAAGAAACUAUGAGGAACAUCUUCUUUUGUGCAAAUACAUUUGUAACAUUUUUCCGAA